AUGUGCAUGCUUACGCACAUCACCUACGAUAUUCUUGUGAGUAGCGUUGCGGAGAAUCCUGUGGAGGAUCAUACGCUUAUCAACGCGUCCAUCUACAGCCUUGUGGAUGGGUCGGUGAAGACCUACAUGUUCCGGAAGGACUUCCAUACGCUGGAAAAGGCGAUAGCGGAACAAGAAGACUUCAGCCUGAGACAGUCUCAGGCUAACUCGUCCAAGUAUCGUCCGACGAGGCGACAGGAAACAGGCGGUCCUGAACCAAUGGACAUCUGUUACAUCAAGAGCGAGAACUCUCGCUCUCUGAGUCGCAAGCGAACGGCAAGAUGCCAUCGCUGUCAGAAGAUUUGA